AUGGCUUUUGUCAGUGCACUGUUAAUGCUGCUGCCUGUUGCAUGGUCAUGCAUUCCCCAAAAAGCAGAUUAUGUUAUGGUGUCAUGUUUCCCUAAUGCCAUAAUUGCCAACGUCCCAGAGUGUCCUUACGGCUGGGAGAUUGAACACUUGUCUCUCGGUGGAGUCUGUUACAAUGGAAUACACAGCCCAGGUUACUACCGCUUCAUCAUCCCAGAUCUCACACCCAAAAAUCACUCUUACUGUGGGACUCAGUCUGAGUACAUGCCCGGCAAAGACCCCAAAUACAUCUUCUACAACUCCAUUGUGUCCAACGAUACUUCACUGACAGUCAGAAACCAACCUGUGAACUACACCUUCAGCUGCACGUACCGAGCAGCCUAUCUGGUUAAUAAUGCUGUCUUUAGCCAAAGAGUGGCUACAGUUUAUGUCAACAAUGGGAGUUUAGGCACUUUUAGAUCACAGUUGUCUAUGAAUGUGUUCACGAAUUCAAAGUUCCUGUAUGCCAAGGACGCUCCCUAUGUGAUUGAUACCUCUGAGAUAGGCUCUGAAGUAUUCAUUGGCAUCGAGGCAAAAGGUCUAAGUAACAGAUUCAAAGUUGUGAUAAACAACUGCUGGGCCACUCCUUCACCUUACUCCACAGACAGGAAAAGGUGGAGCCUCAUCAUUAACAGCUGCUCCUCUGACAACACUGUGACUAUUUUUGAGAACGCCAAAGACAGCCGCUCGAUGUUCAAGUUCAACUCUUUCCGCUUCCAGCGGCAGGAGAAGGUGUCCACUGUUUGGCUUCACUGUGAGGUCCAGGUCUGUGAUGGAGAAAGGAUCAUCUGUCAGCCAAGCCCCUGCUCUGUGAGGAGUUUGUCAUCAGAGGUAGACCCAAAUGGGGGGAUCCUUACUGCUGAAUUUCACAUUAAAGGUAAUCAGUCUUCUAAUAAUGGACACAUAACAGGCGUCUCAGUGCUCAUCCUGCUGGUGGUCCUGAUAAACACAUGUUAUGAUUUCAUCAAUGGAUCAAGAAUUUUAUAA